AUGUCUGGUCUCAAAUAUUUCUCUUACGAGGAGUACGGCGUCACAUUGCGUAAAGAGAUGCACUACAGUCAAGCUGUACGUGUAGGUGAAAAUAUCGAAAUCUCUGGCCAGGGGGGCUGGGAUCCGAAAACGGGAGAUAUUACGGACGAUCUUUUAAAAGAAAUCGAUCAAGCCUUUGAGAAUGUUGACUUAACGCUCAAAGACGCCGGUGGCAAGGGUUGGUCUCAGGUCUUUCGCAUACGACUCUACGCUGUAGACGAAGCAUGGACUCAAGAGGGUAUAGGAAGAAUGGUCGAUAACAUCAAGAAGUGGACGCCUAAUCAUGCACCGAUACUGACUGGUGUUGGGGUCACGAAACUUGGGCAGCCUGGUAUGCGCGUUGAAGUGGAGGUCUCGGCCUAUGACCCUUGUGAGCCCAGUAAGACAAGUGAGACAAAAUAA